AUGGAGAAGAAGCAGGGUUUCUUCUCGGCGCUGAAGGAGGAGGUGGUGAGGGGUCUCUCACCGGCCAGGUCCAGGGCCCGGAGCCCUUCCCGCAGCGCCUCCCCCAUGACGGGUCUCCUCCGCCGCCGUAGCAGGAAGAGCAGCGCCCAGCAGAUGCUCGUCCAGAACUUCCCAGAGCCGCUCAUCUCGAGAUCCGGCAGCCUGCGCCCCGCCGGUGAAGCGCUUGCCCCGCUCAUGGAGGGACCUCUCGACCCAGCCUCAGGCGACGGUGACUGCCGGAAGGAGAGGUGGGGCCACUGGAUGAAGGGACAGUUCUCUAGGGCGCCUUCCAUCUCCUCCUCCGCGGUCCCGUCCUCCUACCGACGCUCCGAUCUACGCCUCCUCCUCGGCGUCAUGGGUGCCCCCCUUGCCCCCAUCCACGUCUGCUCCGCCGAUCCACUGCCCCACCUCAGCAUCAAGGACACCCCCAUUGUGAGCUCUCUGCCAUUUUUUCAUUUCUCCAUUUCUGCUUCGGCGAGUUCGUGGCGUGGACUGCGCUCUCUUUUUCCCCCAAGUAGUCUCCCGCGACGGUGGACGGUGCUGCGACCUAUUUGCUCUUUCAGCGCCGAAUCUAAGAUCUCUGCAUGCCUCCCCGAUCGAAUGCCUGGAUCCCAUCCAUGUGUUCUGAAUGGGAAGCCGUCUCUGAUUUCUUUCAUGAUGUUUCUGUUCUUGUUUGCGCAGGAGACCUCGUCGGCGCAUUACAUUCUGCAGCAGUACACGGCGGCCUCCGGCGGGCAGAAGCUGCAGAGCUCGAUCCGCAACGCCUACGCUAUGGGGAAGGUGAAGAUGCUGGCGUCAGAAUUCGAAACGGCCACCAAGGUGAUGAAGAACCGCAACUCGGCGAGGGCUGCCGAGUCGGGGGGGUUCGUUCUCUGGCAGAUGAACCCAGACAUGUGGUACGUCGAGCUCGCCGUCGGCGGCAGCAAGGUUCACGCGGGCUGCAACGGCAAGCUAGUGUGGCGCCACACCCCCUGGCUCGGUGCCCAUGCCGCCAAGGGGCCCGUCCGCCCCCUCCGCCGUGCCCUCCAGGUAUCACCUUUAGAUCUUCCGGCGGAUUUUCCGGCGGCACUUGCAUGCGGGGGGAACUCCGGCGAGACUUUCUUUGAGUGUCUGACCAAUCGCUGGCAUCAUCCCCUUUUCUCUCUCUGAUCAGGGUCUGGAUCCGAGGACAACGGCGAGCAUGUUCGCCAAUGCAAGAUGCAUUGGGGAGAAGAAGGUGAACGGGGAGGACUGCUUCAUCCUCAAGCUCUGCGCCGACCCGCUGACACUGAAGGCCAGAAGCGAGGGCCCCGCCGAGAUCAUCCGCCAUGUCCUCUUCGGUUAUUUCAGCCAGAGGACCGGGCUUCUCGUCCACAUGGAGGAUUCUCAUCUCACCCGGAUCCAGUCCAACACCGGCGGCGACGCCGUCUACUGGGAGACCACCAUCAAUUCCUUCCUGGACGACUACCGCCCGGUGGAAGGAAUCAUGAUCGCGCAUUCGGGGCGCUCGGUGGUGACCCUCUUCAGGUUCGGGGAGAUGGCGAUGAGCCACACAAAGACGAGGAUGGAGGAGGCGUGGACCAUCGAGGAAGUCGCCUUCAACGUCCCCGGCCUGUCGAUGGACUGCUUCAUCCCCCCUGCAGAUAUCCGCUGCGGAUCGAUCAGCGAGACCUGCGAGCUUCCCCAUGGGGAGAGGGGGAAGGCCGCUGGUUCGGGCCCGCACCGAGCGAAGGUCGCCGCACUCGGUAAGCCGCAGGGUUCUGUCGAUAACAUCGUCUGGAGGGUGGAGGUCUAG